GUGGAGUCAGAUAUCCUGCGCUGUGUCCGCACGCUGCUGCGAGCGCUGGAUGGGCACUACCCUGCCUGCCAGUGUGACCAAGGAAUGCUGCGAUGGACCCUGCAUAAAAAAAUUGACCAGAAUCCCAGUAACAGCUCUGUCCUGGUCAGGAUCCUGGUGAAGGAGCUGGAAAGGGCAGAGCGAGGUGACUUCAGGCAUUACAUCAUCCCCUUGCUGCACACACUGAUGUACACCCUGAUAAAGGCCCCCUGCAUCUCCGACGAGCUCUGUGGCAGAGUGUAUGACUUCUGCAAGAAGCUGCUCACCCUGCCCAAGCCCUUCUGCACCAUCGGCCUGGACUAUGCCACCAGGCUGAAGAUGGAAAGGACAGCACCAGGUAUGUUGUAUCAAAGAAUGGUCAUUUCCGAACAGAGCCUCAAAAGCGACCCGUACCCUUACCAGGAAAAGAUUUUCAUCUUUGCUGAUCCAGAGCUGCUCUCUGAAGCCAUCUGCAAUGCAUUGGUCACCGACACCGAGGCAGCUCAGGUGUCCCAGAGUCCUCGGGCAUGCAUGUGCUAUGUGAUCAUCCACACCAUGCAGUCGACCCUGGGUGAGAGCUGCAACAUCGAGGGCCUGAAGGCCAAUCUCCAGCAUAUGGCCAUGAGCGAUGUGGAGCACUGGUUCCGGCAAGUGGUGGUGGCAGUGGAGUGUGCAGGAAGCAAGGGGAGUGCAGACCGCAGCCAACAUGCAGCCAGGCUGGAGGAGAUCUACCACACUCUCCUCAGCUCCUUGCAAGCAGGCAAUGUUCCCCUGGGAGGGAUCCAGGGGACCCCUCUGCCCAACCCCAACAUCAGCUUUCACCUCUGGACAGAAGAUGACCAACUCUGGAAGGAAUUGGUGCUAUUCAUCCGCCCACUGUCACAGAGCUGCGAGCCUGACUGCCUCAGCCAGGACCUGGAGAAUUUUGAGAUCCAAGACAUUAUUUCGGACUGUGAAUGCUGUGAGCAGACUCGCUUCUCCGUCCUCUCCACUGACAGUGGCAUCGAACGGGACCUGCCUGUGGCAGCUGAGGAGACCUUCACCCCUUGCAGUGCUGACACAGGGCAGUCCCGGCUCCACAGGAAGGGUGGCAUUAAGAAAAAGCCAUCGCCACUGGAGAGCGUGGCCUUCCUGCAGGCUGGCUGCAACAGUCCCGGGGCAAAGUCCCCAGCAAAGCUGCAGAGGAGUUCAGGCACCCACCCAGGUCCUGCAGCCUCACUUCAGAGGCUGCACACUGCGCGCAUCGUGCUGCUGGGGGAUGACCGGAUCCUGGGCCGCCUGGCACAAGCCUACCACUCUUUGAGGAAGCGAGAAACACGGCGAGUUUUCCUGACUCCCAGGCUGAACCUGCAGUUCUACUACAUCCCAGUGGUGACAGGGCAGCCAAACACCUUCACUGUUGUGGACCGUGCUGCCACCGGCCACGAGGAGCUGUGUGAGGUGGCUGGGUACCUUGGCAGAGCCGACCCGUGGUACGAGAGCAACAUCAACACUCUGUGCCACAUGAUUCCCAAGCUGGCCACCAUGCCUUCCUCGCCAAGCAAACACCUUGUGACUGAUCUGUUCAUCACAGAUGUGAUUGCUUACUAUGUCCGCAUGGGUAUCCAGCCUGUCUGCUUCCAGGUCUAUGCUGUCAAGAUUUUCUUCAAUGACCCAGCUCAGGAGCCGGCCGAGGACGUGUUCCUCACGGAGCUGCGCACCCAGGGGCAGGACAGCAUCUCCCACAGAGAGUUGAGCAUGACCAAGAAGAAAACAACCCUGGAUGGCCCUGGUGUAGAUCUCACAGUAACAUACAGAAAGGUUGUUGUGAGCAACCGGGAGAAGGAAGUAGCCAUGUCCCUGCGCUCCACGGGUCUGGUAAUGAAAGCCAUCCCUGCUGAUGAGGCUGAAGACCUGGUGUGUCUGAGUGUGACCAUCACUGAAAUCAUUAGGAUCAACAACCUGUCAGGACGAUCAUUCUCAGCUGUGGCAAAUAUGUUGAAAACAAGCAAUAUCAAAAUCAGGAGCACAGAGCAGAGACCCUUCACGGUGCAUUUGGACAAGGACAGCAGAAGAGCCUACAGGAACGUGAUCAGCCUGGAAGUGUCACCUUGCCUAGAGCCCAGCUACUGCUUGCAAAAGACAAGGACAAUGAAAUUCAGCCUUCACAAAACAGAAGAUAUGGGGCUUGUGAAAUACAUGCCCAAGUCUCUGCUGUUGCCUAUCAACACAUUUGCAGGCAUCAUCCAGUGA